AAAGAAUUGCUGCUCCCUUGAGAGUGGAGCCCUAGGUAAUUCUCCCAUUGAGGAUGACUGAUGCUCUGACUGCCUCCAUAGCUGUAGUCUCACAGAACCAUUGGGAACGGGGUGAAAUAGAAGGGGAGGCACUAGUUCCCCAAAAGUGAGGAAAUUCAGCCUCUUAGGGAAGGGAAGAUGUCUGGCUUCCCUUCUGUGCUACACAGGACCCUGGAUGUGUACAGACUAGCCUGAAAUUCUCGUAGGACUGGAGCUCUUUGCAAUUGUGCCUGUCCCUUUAAAGAAAGGGAAAGCUGCUUCUCACACUCUGCCUCUGUGGGUGAACACAAGGUGCUGGGAUUGAGCUGCUUGAUGCCAGAUCAAGGGAAAGUAGAGGCAGAGCGCAGAGGAAGAAGGGAGAAGAGGAUAUCUGCUGGAAAAAGAGCUCUCAUGUUAAUGAAAUAGCAAUCCAGAGAAGUGUCGAGAGACUUCAACAUGGCUUUUCAUGUGGCAGGACUGAUUGCUAUCAUUGUGUUCUACCUGGCUAUCCUCUUUGUUGGAAUAUGGGCUGCAUGGAAAACCAAAAACAGCGGUAGUGAUGGAGAUCGUAGGGAAGCUAUUAUAGUUGGCGGAAGAGAUAUUGGCUUGCUGGUUGGUGGAUUUACCAUGACUGCCACCUGGGUUGGAGGCGGUUACAUAAACGGGACAGCGGAGGCUGUGUAUGUACCAGGCUAUGGGCUGGCCUGGGCCCAGGCACCCAUCGGAUAUGCACUUAGCCUUGUCGUAGGUGGUUUGUUUUUCGCUAAACCCAUGCGCUCCAAAGGCUAUGUGACAAUGUUGGACCCCUUUCAGCAAAUUUAUGGAAAACGAAUGGGAGGGCUUAUCUUCAUACCUGCCCUAAUGGGGGAAAUGUUCUGGGCUGCAGCCAUCUUUUCUGCAUUAGGUGCCACCAUAAGUGUGAUCAUUGAUAUCAAUAUCAAUAUUUCAGUUGCUGUUUCUGCCCUAAUUGCAACUCUGUACACACUGGUUGGUGGACUUUACUCAGUAGCCUAUACUGAUGUGGUCCAGCUGUUCUGCAUUUUCCUUGGACUGUGGAUCAGUGUUCCAUUUGCCAUGUCCCAUCCUGCAGUGACAGAUAUUGGAUACACAGCUGUACACAGUGUAUUUCAAGAACCUUGGCUUGGAACCAUUAAAAAACCUGAAAUCUACAAGUGGAUUGACAAUUUCCUCUUAUUGACGCUAGGAGGAAUCCCAUGGCAAGCAUAUUUCCAGCGAGUUCUCUCUUCCUCUUCUGCUACAUACGCACAAGUGUUAUCCUUGCUGGCAGCUUUUGGGUGUCUUGUGAUGGCAGUGCCCGCCAUACUCAUUGGUGCAAUUGGCGCAUCAACAGAUUGGAACCAGACAGACUAUGGUAAUUCAGACCCCAAGAACAACUAUGAAGCUGACAUGAUUUUACCCAUCGUCCUCCAGUACCUUUGCCCAGUGUAUAUCUCCUUCUUUGGCCUCGGGGCAGUGUCUGCUGCUGUCAUGUCGUCUGCUGACUCUUCCAUCUUAUCGGCGAGUUCCAUGUUUGCCCGGAACAUCUACCAGCUUUCUUUUCGGCAAAGUGCAUCAGACAAAGAAAUAGUCUGGGUCAUGCGAAUUACCAUUUUUGUGUUUGGAGCAGCAGCAACAGCAAUGGCCCUACUAACUCAGUCAGUUUAUGGGCUCUGGUACCUCAGCUCUGACCUGGUUUACAUCAUCAUCUUCCCCCAGCUCUUGUGCGUCCUCUUCAUCAAAGGAACCAACACCUACGGCGCCAUCGCAGGGUAUCUGUUUGGUGUCCUACUCCGAAUUACUGGAGGAGAACCGUAUUUGCACUUGCAACCCUUGAUUUUCUAUCCUGGUUGGGAUCAAGAACAGCAAAUGCAGAGAUUCCCUUUUAAAACAUUAGCCAUGCUUACCUCUUUCUUCACUAACAUUGGAGUAUCCUACCUGGCAAAGUACCUAUUUGAAAGCGGCACUUUGACACCCAAAUUUGACUUCUUGGAUGCCGUUGUUGCGAAGUAUAGUAAGGAGAACAUGGACAAGGCCACUCUUGUGAAAAGUGACAAUAUUGUUUUAAACGAGUUGGCCCCUGUGAACCCUCGGCACAGUUUGACUCUAAGCACCACCACUUUCACAAACAAACAGGCCUUCAGUGAUAUUGAUUCAAGUCCCGAUGUAUCCGCAGCAGAAGAUAAUUGACAACGGCCCAACGGAGGGGAGAGAUCGCUUUCACAUCCCCCACAAUGCAACAGGGUAUGCAGCAAAGGUAGAUUAGAGGCGUUUUAGUUGAGGGAGACAGAAUGGACAGGGAACAAACAAGCAAAAACCACUGCACAAUCCUCUUCAGCUCAUUUCUAGGAAUAGUCUGUGGAAUAAAUUGUUGUGUUUUAUGAUAAAAUGCGCUGGAAUAGAAUAAGUUGCUCUGCUAGCAUUUGAAUGAAGCCAAAUACCUUGGUAUUUGGGAGGGGAAUGUUUGAAAAUAAAAAGAUUAAGUAA